CCCGCCAACCAAACUGCUCGCGACUCAGCCUGCUCGUCGGCGGCAAGCCGGCAACGCAACGUGCCACAGCCUCACAGCGCGUUUGCUAUGGCCGCCUAACAAGGGGGCGUCGGCGAUGGGUACCGCGGCGAAUCCUCUACUGCCGUCCCUCCAACCGCAACACCAGCAGCCGGACCUGCUCCGCCUGGUGGACGAGCUCUGCGCGUCGGGCCGCGCCGCCGAGGCGCACCACCGCGUCUCCCUCCUCCUCCUCUCCACCGCGUCCCGCCUCGACGCGCGCGCCGCCAACGCCAUCCUACGCUGCCUCCUCGGCGCGCGGACGCCCCUCCUCACGCUCCGCCUCGUCCAGGCCGCUGCUAUCGUCCCCUCGCUCCCCAACUACAACCGCCUCCUCGGCCUCCUCUGCCGCGCGGACCCGCCGCCGAUCUCCGUCCUCCUUGCGCACCGCCUCCACCUCCGCAUGCGCGUGGCUCCCAAUGCCGCAUCCUACGCUGCGAUCCUCGACGGCUACGCGCGCGUCCCCGACCCCCGCGCCGCGCAGAAGCUGCUCGACGAAAUGCCCCAACGCGGGCUGGCCCCCAGCUCCCUCGCGCGCUCCUUCCUCGUCAAGGCAUUCCUCCGCGCCCGCGACGUUGAUGCCGCCAUGGACCUCGUCCACAACCAUCUCUGGCCGACCAUGGCUGCCACGGAUGGCCAUCAACUUCGAGAGGACCAGGAGGUUAUCAACGCCGCGUUCGCCGACCUCGUGCAGUGCCUGUGCGCCGAGGGGUUCUUCCACGUUGUCUUCCGGAUCGCUGAGGAGAUGCCGCAGAGGCGGUGCCACGUGCCUGAUGAGUUCGCCUACGCGCAGAUGAUCGACUCGUUAUGCCGAUCGGGGCAGCACCAUGGCGCAUCCAGGAUAGUGUACAUCAUGAGGAAGAGGGGUUUGUGCCCAAGCGCAGUCUCCUACAACUGUAUUGUUCACGGGCUGUGCACCAGCCCAAAGCCUGGGGCGUGCCUGCGGGCUCACCAGCUGGUGAUGGAAGGCACUUCUUUCGGGUAUCGCCCGAGGGAGGUGACAUACAAGGUGCUUGUUGACGAGCUGUGCCGGGAGAAUGAGCUCACCAAGGCCAAGGAUGUCUUGGAGCUGAUGUUGCAGCCCUCCAGUCAGUGUCGCAAGGAUGGGGGUGAAGAUGCUGGUGACGAGACCAGGAUAAGGAUGUACAAUGUGUUUCUUGGAGCGCUGCGCACUGUGGACAACCCAAGUGAGCAACUUGGCGUGCUUGUAUCCAUGCUGCAGGCUGGAUCCAAGCCGGAUGUGAUCACCAUGAACACUGUCAUCCAUGGCUUUUGCAAAUCUGGGAGGGCCCAGGAGGCUAGGAGGAUCCUGGACGACAUGCUCAACGGAAAGUUUUGUGCUCCUGACGUUGUUACCUUCACCACACUCAUAUCUGGAUACCUCGAUGCAGGUGAUCACGCAGAAGCCCUUGAUGUGCUGCACACUUUGAUGCCUAGGCGCCGGUGCUCCCCUACUGUUAUCACUUACAAUUGUGUCAUCAAGGGACUGUUUGGCCUCGGGCAAGUUGAUACAGCAAUGCAGGUGCUUGAGGAAAUGAAUGCCAAUAACGUUGCAGCUGAUUCUGUUACUCAUACUGUGGUGAUCAAAGGGCUCUGUGAUGCGGGGCAGCUCGAGAAGGCAAAGGAAUUCUGGGACAACAUCAUCUGGCCGUCAGGUAUACAUGAUGAUUAUGUGUACAGCUCAAUCUUCAGAGAUCUCUGCAAACAGAGGAAACUGGAACAGGCAUGCGAUUUCUUAUAUGAAUUGGUGGAUUGUGGGAUUUCUCCCAGUAUAGUGUGCUACAACAUACUCAUAGACGCUGCCUGCAAGCAGGGAUUGAAGAAGCUAGCAUAUCAAUUAGUCAAGGAGAUGAAAAGAAAUGGCCUAGCACCGGAUGCUGUAACUUGGAGGAUUCUUGGCAAAUUGCAUCACUAUGAAGAGGAAGAACAAGAGGAGCACCAGCUUCCGACAGCUGAUGUGGGUCGAAGUUCCCCAGAUGACAGAUUGGAGCCUCUUGUCUUGACUAAAGAGAUGCCUUUGCUUCCACCUUUGUCGUCAUCCGAAAACAUCUAUGAUGUUGAUGAGAAUAAUUAUAGCACGGAUGAGUCUGAGGAAGAGGUUGGUUAUUCAGCAGAUAUGGCUAAUAAUAACAAAGCUAAGGCUGAGGAGGUUGGAUACUCAACAAAAGUGACUGUGGAGGAACCACCAGAUAAUACUGAUCCAACAAGGGGAACAGCAAUUGAUAGGGGUGAUAUAACUUGGGGAGAUGGCCUUAAGAAGCCAGAUAAACAACCUUUAAUAAGAGAACCACUCUCUAGAGUGGCCAAAAGGGUGUUUGGGAUACAGUAGAACAGGUGUUGCUUCUAGUCCUGCCUGAAGACUUUUUUUUGAGGGAAUAGUGAAGUCCAUUAACUGAUAGUCUGAUAGGCGCAAGGAGAUCCUCGGCCACCAAAAUCUCCAUGCCUGCAGUUCAGCAAACUGAAAGUCUUCGGUUAGAUUGUGCUGACUGCUGACAACUGCAAGUCGGCUUACAACUCUUAACUCUCUGUGUUCGUGAAGAAUUUAGUACAGGCCGAUUUUUUCUUUUUUUGAAGCGAAAGACUGUGGGGGAGUUCCCCACAGCAAAAUUUAUAUAAAAAAGAGAACAAAGUGAGUUUUACUUACAGAUAUACUUACAAAGCAGAGGGGAAAGAAUAUACAAAACAGAGGGAUUACAACAAGGGAAAGACUCUAGCCACUGAAUAAUACAAGAAUGUUGAUCCUCUCUAACUCUAGAUGCACAUGCACUUGAUCCUUAAACUUCCGAGACCUGAGUUGGAUUGUUGGAGAACCUUGGUAAAUUUUUUUUGAGUUUUGGAGAUUCCAGAUUUCCCAUGUAGCAAUAAUAAAAAUCUCCAUGAAGGAGAUUUUCUCUUUCUAGUCUACAGAUGUAGCCCGAUUUGCUCUUUCUAGUCUUCAGAUGUAUAUAACUGGUAUUGACGCAAAGGUUUCUGCCUUUUGUCGUCCAUUUCCAGAAACUCGUUGUCGUAUUUAACUAUUACUGGCUGUUCCUGCCUUUGAGAUGC